CCUCCCGCCAUCUUUGUCGAUCCGAUCUCAGAAAGAACACAUUCCUGUCCUAGAGGGCACUACGUCCCUCUCGCUGAUUGAUUGUUCUCGUCUUUCAUCCUAUCUAUACCUGGCAACCAUCACGUCCUCCCCCUUAUCAACAGCCGUCAUAUUUCAUACACAGUCUGCGCGAUCAAAGAGCACAGUCACCUCUUCAAGGCUCCAUUGGCUGCUGGCAAGUCCCCAUUGCUGAGUGAAAAUCAUCCACAAUGGGCUGGUUUGAUGGAAAAUCCCCGACCUCCUCUUCAUCUCAUAGACAUCACUCUCGUCGACGCUCCUCUCCUUCCCGACGUUCUACUUACUCGUCCUACAAUGCCCGCCAUUCCGCACCGUCAAUUUUCAGCCUGGGCAGUGGUGUCAAUCGUGCAGGACGAUCCAGCCCAUCGGUGUUCUCCUCCUCCUCACGACGUGCACGGCCCAGGGAAGGCUUUGUCGCACGGAUAGUUCACAUCAUCCAGCGCAUCUUUCGCGAUGCCUGGAAAUAUGCACGCGAGCACCCUAUCAAGGUCCUGACGCUGCUCGUGCUUCCACUUCUGACAACUGGCGUCCUGCAAAGGCUAUUGGGCAUGAUCGGUAUUCGUUUGCCAAAGAACCUCCUAGGAGCAUCGGCGCUGCGACCUGGCGGGGCCGGCCUAUCGGACAAUAUCAGCGGACUGUUCAACAUUGCCAAAAUGUUCAUAUAGCCCCUAGAACUCGAGCCUCUGCCUUUUCCGAUACGACGCUAAACUGUUGAUGAGACCUAACGUGUAUACUCUACUCACCAUUGCGCUUUCGCCGAAUUUGCGAUGAGCUUUGGACAUCUAGAGACGACUGGAUAUGACUACGAAGAUGAUGACCAUAAAUCGAUCGACAUUUGCAAUUGCGGGCUGUUUGCGUGUAAACUUUUCACAGUUUCCUUGGUAACGACUGCAAUCAUACGAUCGCCGUUAUAAUCACAUACUGCUUAUUCUUAUGCAAUGCUCUAUAAAGAGAAGGCUUUUAGACCAU